CCCGGGGACCGCUACAUCCCCAACAACUAAAACAACGCUGGUUCACCAUCACCACCAUAAUAGGAGAAUCACGCCUUUGCCCAUGACGGCAUAGCUGUCACGAGAUGCGGAUGCAAAAUAGCGAGUCACGGAUAAAUCAGAAAGGAGGUUGGUUACGCAGAGAGCAUCUCGUUUUUCAUAGGUUGAUGGAAGCUGGGCUAUUGUCGAAAGGGGAACGUGCGGAUUGUCGCGCAUCCACUCCACGAACCUGAGCUAUAGGAAACGAAAAACGUAGACAUUUUCAAGAGGCUGUUUUUACAAUACCGCAUUGGUGCCAGUGGAAUCGUUAAGGGUGAGAGAGGAAUAGCACGUCUGGUCACGACAGUUUCAGCACCAAGGACAGCGACGAAUCAGAUCCUUAUUUUUUGAGGCUGCAGCUUUGAAGACUGGGCGGUUCCGCAAGCCUUUUCUACCUGAAGAUCUUUUCUCUUGUCCUCCUGUCCUGUUUGUCAACUUCUUAUCAAGAGCUGCUUUUUGUUAUUGAAUAUCGCACUGAAGAUGGUGGAGGAGGAGAAAAAGCAGGUGACAGGAUACCUCCUUUUCUCCCUGGCCACUGCAGUCAUUGGCUCGCUGCAGUUUGGCUACAACACAGGGGUCAUUAAUGCACCGGAACAGAAACUGCGGGCUUUCUUCAACAACACGUGGAUAGAGAGGUAUGGCGAGCCCAUCAAACCAGGAACGUGCACCAUUGUGUGGAGCUUUUCGGUGGCCGUCUUUAGCGUGGGCGGCAUGGUGGGCUCCUUCAGCGUCGGAGUGAUGGCAGACAGAUUUGGGAGGAAAUUGUCCAUGUUCCUGGUCAACAUCCUGGCUGUGAUUGGAGGCCUCCUCAUGGGUUUCUCCACCCUCUGCUCCUCCUACGAGAUGGUCAUCGCCGGACGCCUCGUCAUCGGUCUCUUCUGCGGCCUCUUCACCGGCCUUACGCCCAUGUACGUGGGGGAGCUGUCCCCCACCCCUCUACGGGGCGCUUUCGGCACCUUGCACCAGCUGGGCGUGGUGGUUGGCAUCCUCGUGGCUCAGAUCUUUGGCUUGGAGUCUCUGCUGGGGUCGGACAAGUUGUGGCCUCUGCUGCUGGCACUGACGGUCGUCCCGGCCAUGCUGCAGUGUAUCCUGCUGCCCUUCUGUCCCGAGAGCCCUCGCUUCCUCCUCAUCAACCAGAACAAGGAGGAGCAGGCCCGCAAAGCCCUGGUGCGUCUGCGUGGCUCCGACGACGUGAGUAAAGACAUGCAGGAGAUGAAGGAGGAGAGUUCCAAGAUGGCCAUGGAGAAGAAGGUGACCAUCCCUGAGCUGUUCCGCACCGCAGCCUAUCGGCAGCCGCUCCUCAUUGCCGUCAUGCUCCACCUCUCCCAGCAGCUCUCCGGAAUCAAUGCUGUGUUCUACUAUUCAACUGGUAUCUUUGAGUCAGCCGGUGUCACCCAACCCAUUUACGCCACUAUUGGAGCAGGAGCUGUUAACACUGUCUUCACUGUGGUAUCUCUCUUCCUGGUCGAGAGGGCGGGACGAAGGACUUUGCAUCUCGUCGGAUUGGCCGGAAUGGCCGUCAGUGCCCUGCUCAUGACUAUUGCCCUCCUGUUGAAGGGCUACUCGUCUCUGAGCUACCUGAGCAUUGGGGCAGUGUUUCUGUUCGUGGCCAUGUUUGAGAUGGGGCCUGGUCCUAUCCCAUGGUUCAUAGUGGCGGAGCUCUUCUCCCAGGGUCCGCGGCCUGCCGCCAUAGCAGUGGCCGGCUGCUGCAACUGGACCGCCAACUUCCUGGUGGGAAUCAGCUUCCCCAAACUGGAGGAGCUGUGUGGGCCUUACGUCUUUAUCAUCUUCAUGAUCUUACUGAUCUUCUUCUUCAUCUUCACCUUCAUCAAAGUCCCAGAGACCAAGGGCAAGACCUUUGACGAGAUCGCCCGUGAGUUUGGCGGGGCCACCCUGCCCCCUGCCACCUCUGUGGGAGCUCCUCCCACUAGUAUCAGCGUAACACUUCCUGCCUCGCCCAUCAAGGAGAAGGUUCCAUUGGUGGAGGCGGCAGCAGCAGAGGAUAGGUCCAACUCAACUGUACAGGAGAGCUUGUAGAAUCCUGUGUUGGGUCAAUGCUUAAAGUACAAGGGUUGGGGGUCAGCUGGUUCAAAAACAGAUCAAAGCUUAAUUCUUUGGCAGUUCAGGUACAUGGUGACGAGUGUUUGACGUGAAGGGAAACAUACCGUUCGUGUACAUGGAAAGCCACAACACACAUUUUUGGGUGGAUACAGUAGCUAGAAUGAAUUAGUGUUAUUUUUUCACAUUUCUUUCUGUCAUGUGUAAUAUAUUUCUCAACCUAUAGGUCAAAAUGUGUAUUUUAAUUGUGUUGCCUUCUUUUCCUGAAUGCAUCAUCAUUUAAACAGCUUUUAGUAAAGCCAAAGUGGGUCUAGUCAAAGCAAACAACCUCAAUAGUGUUUCUGGUAAACAAUAGUUUUAACAGUGAAACAGUAGAUUAGGGUCAAUUGCAUUAGUUGGCUUUCAUGGUUUUAGAAAUAGCUUUUUUAAAUAACCCAAUAAUCCCAGAAUGAUCGUACUUGACAUUUAAUUUCAACAGUUGUUUUAUUUGAGAACAAAAUAAUAUGCUUAUACCCUACUCAACAUAAGAAUCCACUGCUAAAAAUCACAUUCAGAAGGUUGCAUAAUAGAGAGAGAGAGAGAGAGAGAGAGAGAGAGAGAGAGAGAGAGAGAGAGAGAGAGAGAGAGAGAGAGAGAGAGAGAGAGAGGGAGAGAUAUGGUACUUAUUUCACUUUAACUUGCUUUAGGUGCACCUUAUUAACCAAAUAGAAAUCAAUUAAAAUUCCAAGAUUGCUAAUAUACUCUUCAAAAAGCGAUUUAUGGCAAAUUAAUCAACAUAAGGAAUAAUUAGAGGAAUAUUUCCCUGGGGGAGUAGAAUUGCAUUAACUAUAUUGUCUAAGGGGACAGAUAGUUAUUUUGGAUAUUAGAUUAUAAUAGAUUGUGAUAUGAGUCGCGAUGUUAUGAACUUGGAUUCGAUAAGAAUCAACCAUAGAGAGCAAAGGACUCCAUCGGUUUUCUCUGUGGAAUUGAGUGUAAUUUUGAAUUGUUCUGCUGUGAGAGCAUUCAGUCAAAAAUGUUGAAUAUGAUUAUGACGGUUAUCUAUUCAGUCUGUAUUUGGAAUAACACAAUGACCCUUUAGUUGUGACCAAAUGUCAGGAUUUGUGCACAAUGCUUUUUAAUGUCUCCCCUUUAAGUCUAUACUCUACUUUGUGACACUUUGUCUGAAGAUUAACCUUGUGGAACGUUGUUAAAAAUCUAAAUUUAUUUAAAGAUUUUAUUGCAUAGAUAUACUGUAGUAUAUAUAUAUAUAUAUAUAUAUAUAUAUAUAUAUGUGUGUGUUACAAAAAAAUAUAUGUAUUUUUUUAUUUGUGGUUGUGUAAAUUAGACGUAGUUAUUUUUCUCCAAGCACUUUCACAAUUUAUUUUGCCUAGAAAGAUGACAGGGUCAGGGCUUUGUUCUUUAUUUAUAUAACAUAUUGUGGAUAUGUGUAUGUGUUGCACUGGGAAAAUACAUUCCUUUGAUGGUAGUAUUCAGUAUUUGACCUCUCCUCCAAGGAAAAAAUGUUCUUCAAUGGCAGCCCUCCCUCACUACUGUUAACUAGACUGUGGUACUUUACUAACUGAACCAUACUCAGUUACCUUAUGCACAUUCACUUAUUGUAAAAAGUUAGGAGAGAAUUUAUUUGUAAAUAUGUAUUUUCAAAAUGAUAUUUAUAUGUUGACUGCAGUGGUUGAAUGUGGGCUUGUUCUGGCUUAUGGGGUGCCCAUCGUCCAAUGAGUGAAAAAGAGAAGGAAAGAGAGAACAAGUAUUGGAUUGUUUCCUAUUAAUACACUGAAGCAUUGACAUACAUUACUCUAUUAACUUUGUGUUAAAGUAUUAUUUAUGUCAAAAUGGACACUGGUUAAUAAAAAAAACAGUUCCCUUACCACUGCUUCCCUCACUCUCCCUCUCUCUCCCUCUCUCUUCCACUUCCCACAUGCCUUCCACUUGUUCAGUAUCCACCUUAUGCUGUCCCCAGUGUGUGCCUAAAAAAAAGUGUAUUUAUGAGUUGAUGAUCAUUGUAUCCUAUAUUGUCACAGAGAUCUAUUCCAUUUUACAUCAGAAAACCAUGUUGUUUUGAACUGGAUUUUUACCAAUGCGGUUGGUAUUGCUUUGAUGUUUAUUUUUGUUCCUGGCCUGUGUUUCAUGGCUUUCCGUUUACUUUGGGGGAUUGUGUUUGUGAGUUCCUUGUUUCUGCUGCUUAUUUGUGCCUCUUCUUCAGCUAAUGUGUACUGUAUGUGUGUGUGUGUGUGUGUGUGUGUGUGUGUGUGUGUGUGUGAACACGUUUUUCCUGCUUCCAAAGUCUUGUACUCUUAUUCUCCACGAGGCACCAAACAAAGGGGCAUUUAAGCAAGGUCUAUAGCCCAGCCAUAAACAAUUAAAAUGAUUAAAUAAUCAACAUUGAUAUUGAAUUGAAAAAUAUGGUCUAAUUCAUAAAUAUCGAGAUCACGUAAAGUGUAGAAAAGCACACUACUGAAUCCAUUUAGUCAUUUUCCUGUAUUGAAAAAAAAUGUAUCACACAAGCAGUAUAAAUCUGGCUUUGAAAUGCCCUAUGAGACAUUAUGAAAAAUUACAACAAACUAACAACAACUAUACAGCCCUAUAUGUCACGUGUGUUUGUUUCACUUGUGUUUGUAUAUAUGAAUAUACUGUCGUUAAAUAAAACAUCACACAUCUAACAAACACACAACCUUUGAUAUCUUCUGUACAGAUACUAUCCUUGGCAAAUACAAAGUCAGCAUCUUGCUUGGUUUAAUCAAUCAAUGUACUGUGUCUGUGUGUGAAAGUGUAAUAAAUGUUUUGUUAACCUCC